UUACCGCAAAAAUCCACAAUCCGUGCGCUUUUUAAGGCCAAAUCCGUCGAUCCGAAAACCUAUUCACCCCUCUCCUUUUCAUUACCAGCCAAAUAAAUAUCACACAACACAUUUUUCCUGUACGAAGACCUGUGAUAAAAGUAGUUAUUUGUAGAAGUGUCUCUUACUCAAAGAUUUCCUAGAAGGCAGCGGUUCGAAUUUUCUAAAAUUUCUUUUCUAAAUUGCUACGAAACGAACGAGACUUUUCGCUGGGAACGAUGGUCAUCUAAAAGUACAGUAGUUACUCGAGGAAAAAUGCAAGCAAGCAUGGAAAUAACUCUCCGUAUAGGAAAAAAGAUGGCGGCUGCAUAUCUAACAACAAUAUCAUGCAAGCCUUACAUAGCCCAUAAUUUAACAACUCUCAUUAAAACGUACAAAAACUACGUACAACUUUCAAACCUAGCAUACACAAUGUCGUUAGCACAGGGACAAAUAUCACAUAAAUAUGGCUUUCCUUGUACUUGUUUUCGCGCACUAAGAAUAGUGGGUAAAUGUACCAGUCGCUAUCGUUUUUGGGGACUUAAAAAUCUUUUCGUUUUGUUUUGUUUCUCUUCCAAGCAGCCGUGGCGUGGCAAUGCAGCAACUGUGCGGUUCCAUAUAAAGCCGUGGGCUGCUUCCAGGACAGUCCAGCUCGUGCACUCAAAGAACAAGUGCUGAAUGAGCGCGACCCAAAAAGUAAAGUGUACAAAGGCAACAGGAUCGAUUGGACGAACUGGAAUAAUUACAUGCCAGCGUUUGCUUGCAGAUGUGCGGAGAUUGUCAAGGCUAAAGGCUACACUGUGUUCGGCUUGCAGUUCUACGGAGAAUGCUGGAGCGGGGCUCCUGGGACUUACGACCUGGACGAGAUGAAGAGUUCAGAGUCUUGUAUCGCAGAUGACUACAAACAGUGCAGCCAUUUAGACAGGAAUUGUAUUGGAAAUAAAUGGACUAACUUUGUUUUUGAACUAGAACCAGACUGUGAUAUAGAUAUCGAGAGGAUCGGUUGCUUCAAAGACAACAAGAAGAAGCCUCGUCCACUUCCUGACUACAUUAUGACGGACAGAGAAAAGAAGCUGGCAAUUUACAGUGGCCAAUCAAUUGACUGGAGGAAUUGGGACGUGUAUCUUCCUAAAUUCGUCUGUCGCUGUGCUGAAAUAGCUAGAACAAAAGGCCAUGACACAUUUGGGGUGCAGUACUAUGGUGAAUGUUGGAGUGGCCUGCACGGAGAACAGACUUACAGCAAACUGGGUAUUUCCAACAAAUGCCAGGACAAAUGCUUCGAUAAGUGCAAGCCUUACGAGAAAUACUGUGCAGGAAAAAAUUUCGCCAAUGCAGUUUAUCGACUUGCAGAUGCCCCGUGCGAGAUUACUUACCAACCUGUCGGUUGCCAUGGUGAAGACUCGUCCAAUCGUGCGUUUACUAAGGAACUGUUGAAUGAGAUGAAGCCGAACAGUCCGCGAUUUAAUGGGGUUGUCAUGGAGUUUGGAAACAACUGGCAAAAAGGUUUCACCAGAUUUUUGUGCCGAUGUGCAAGGGCAGCCCAUCUGAAAGGAUACAGCAUGUUUGGAGUAUACGAUCAUGGUGAAUGUUGGAGUGAUGUUAAAGCAGAACAAAAAUACAACAAACAUGACCUGUCAGACAAGUGUUUUCAGAACUAUAACCAGACUUGUCCCCAGGGCUCUGACGCUUGCGCUGGAGGAGAAGACGCCAAUUACGUCUACCAGAUUGUUAGGAACCAACGGCGUUCUUUUCUUGAAGACGACACGUAUGAGACAGGCCGGCUCGCGGAGUUGUUUGAUCUCGAUGACACUUCUGUUGAAGCAGAAGCCUUAAGACCAAAAAGAUCUAAAAACAAGGCUGUCAAACAACAUUAGUUUAAUUAAAUAAUAUAGGAGUAUGGAAGGUAGUUUUACAACAGGUCAGGCCAUGUUGUAAUAAUGCCUGGAUGUAUCGCCGAGUUUUAAGCUGUUUUAUGCCUUUAUAUUACCCUGUGUGUGUUCUCUGGUUCAAUUCAUUUUUCCGUGUGUAAGUAAAUAACAUUGUUCUGUGAGGAACCCUAAGCCGAGUGAUAAAACGCUGCAAAUAAAAUGUAAUGGAAAAAUCCUA